GACAAGGAGAGCACCCCUGCACUCGGACGAGAGAGAUAAUAAGAAAAAAAGUUGUACUUUUUCCAUUUCGUUAUAAUUUUGAAUAAGAUCUGACAGCUAGAGACACCUCUCCGUUCAAAGGGUUGACUGAUACAUGGCUUUGAUAGCGACCGAUCGCAGCUGCAGACUGAGCGGGUCGACGGCAGCAUGCAGUAGACUUGGUGUCAGAAGAGACUGCAUCCCAAGUAAGGCAAACGGCAACAGAAAUUGCAAAAUGCAGCCGACGGAAGCGGAGUUUUCUACGGAUGGUUUGCCCAAAGCAUUCCUGCACAGUCUGCGGACACUUUUUGAUAUUCUGGACGACGGGAAGAAGGGCUAUGUUCAUAUAUCGGAGAUCGAGAGCCGGUGGCAGGGCGCAGACACACGGGAUUUACCGGGCGGCGUACUGGAGUGCCUGCGACGGGUCGCCCCGCCUCACGGCUGCUUGACUUUCGAGCGCUUCGUGGCCGGGCUGCGGUACUCGAUGCUCAACUCGCACAACGAUAACCUGAAGCCCCAAUCUGGUGUUCACCACCCGCAAGCUCCGUCUCAUUCGGCAGGGCUGAAGCAGGCUCCACCGCCGCAGCAGCAGCAAGCGCCCGCGCAGAAACCUCCCAGCGCACACCCUGGCGAUUCGCUCGGCUCCUGGGGCGUCGAGAAUAAAGUGCGCCCUAUGGGGCCCUGCAACGGAGCCAAUGCGCAUCAUAACCGCGCCGCUUUUCACCAGAAUCGGUCCAGGCAGCACGAAGACUUGAGCAGCGGGUAUGCCGCCUGCAACAAGCCCGGAGAAUCUUCGCACUACCCACCGUCGUCCAACGCGGCUCCGGGUGGUCAGGUGCUCUAUAGCAAGGCAGGGUAUGAGAGGACUGGCAGGAGUUUGGAAAGGAUUCCGAAUGUGCCCGAAGGCGGAUCGUAUCGGGCCGAUUUGGCUCGAACUGGGAAGCCGCAUCCGCACCAAAACCGCGUCAGAUCCAUAGAGUCGCUUGCGCUCGAGUCCCCGCAGCUCCAGAAACCAAGUGGUGCGGAGGGCGGGGGGUUGCCCCGGUCACAGAGCGAGACCACAACGGGAUUGGCUGGCUCGAGGCGCCAUGGGCGGAGUCGGGAUGAGCAGAGGCGUCACACAAUUUCGAAUGGAGUCGACUAUGGAAUGCUGAAGCAGAUGAAGGAGCUGGAGCAGGAGAAGGACUCUCUCCUGGCAGGGCUGGAUGUGGUGGAGCGGGCCCGGGAAUGGUACCAGAACCAGAUCCACAGUGUUACGGAGAGGCAGAGGACCAUGGGUCAGAGCGGCCAGUGCACGGAUUUUUUCACAGAAUCCAGUCAGAGCCGUCUGAAUGUCCUGCUUCCCAAAUUACAGGAAGUUAACCGCUGCCUUAGUGACCUCAUAUCCUGUUCUGGAAUGCCCUUUACACCACCUGGCACUCUUCCCUCUGCCACUUCCUCGAACCCGCAGCAGCCGCCACCCCCAGCCCCCACGCAGGCCAUCCAGAGACUGAAGGAGCAGAAUCGACUCCUUACCCAAGAGGUGACGGAUAAGAGUGAACGGAUCACCCAGCUAGAGCAGGAGAAGUCAGCCCUAAUCAAGCAGCUGUUUGAGGCACGCGCUCGGAACACCCACGACAGCAGUGCCCUGGACUCCACCUUCAUCUGACCCCUCCCACGACAGCAGUGCCCUGGACUCCACCUUCAUCUGACCCCUCCCAUGACAACAGCGCCCUGGACUCCACCUUCAUCUGACCCCUCCCACGACAACAGCGCCCUGGACUCCACCUUCAUCUGACCCCUCCCACGACAACAGCGCCCUGGACUCCAUCUUCAUCUGACCCCUUUCAAAUCAACAACGCCCUGGACUCCAUCUUCAUCUGACCCCUCCCAUAACAGCAACACCUCAGACUCCAUCUUGAUCUGACCCACAAGAUGACAACAGUGUCUCCGUUGACUCUGCCUUCAUGUUACUCUUCCCUAGACAACAGCGCUCCGGACUCCGCCUUCAUACGACCUCACAUGACACAAGAAUGCCCAGGACUCUGCCUUCAUUUGAACACAGCACCUGGACUUGGCCCACACCUAGCUCCUUGGACAACAAAAGUGUCUUGGGCUCCGCCUUCACAAACCCAUCCCACAAAGGCAUGGCAUCAUGCUGUUACUUUCACUGGCUCCUCCCAUGACCACACCCACAGUCUGAAGAACCAUCUUUCCUUCAUUCAAAAGUUCCUGCAGAUGGCUACUAUUAUAACGUUACUCUCGACUUGCAAGCUGGAGUCAUCUCUGCUGAACUCGUUACUUUCUUCAAGGGGAACUCUUUAACUCAUUCGAUGUGACCUGCCUUUAAAGGUUUAAAACGGGCACUGUACUGUCACUCAUGUUAAAUCUUCGAUAUGAUCCAUGGCCUGGACAUGUAGACAUGAUCAACAAUGGAGACAGUCUGCUUUUACAACACAUUGUGUUGUAUCAAAUGUUUUUUCUUUCUUUUCACUUUUUUUUCAUCCAGUAAUAUCGUGUAGGGGUUUAACCCUCUGAGACCAUCACUUGCUUUGAAGAGCGAUCAGUUCUGAUGAGCUCCAUUGCUCCUUUGACCUUUUAUUAUUUCACUAGUCCACAAAAAAAGAAUAGAGAAAAGGUUCCUACUGAAGUGGCACAUGCUGUUUGUGUAGCAUGACAUGCACAUCUGCUUUAGUCUGACUGUCUGUGAAUACAGGCUGUGCUGUGCAAUUCGGGCUGGUGGCACUGACAAUGUGAAAAGCGCACAAGUCUGCUGGAUAUAUAUUUUAAUUAAUAUAACAUAGCUGUUCCUAUUCUCUUACCUGCCAACUUUCCCAACAGAUAGACAGC